UCCCACUGUAACGAGGCUCGGGGAAGGUGGUGCUCCCAAGCCUGCUCGGUGUGAGGCUGUGCAGUUACCCACCGUGCCGGGGGCCCUGACGGCUGCAGGGGUGUAAGAUGCGGAGAGAAGUCUUUGAAGGUGUCCUGCCCUGGCAGUUCGUGUCUUCUCCAGUCUAAUUGCUCUGUCUCCCAGCUUACUCCUUCAGGCCCCACAGCAGUUUCUACAUCCGGGAACAGCGAAAGGAUGACCCAAGGGGUAGAAACCAUGAGGUCGGGGGGACGGUCUAGCUCCUUCCCUGGGUCCCCAGAGCCUGCCAGAUGUCAGGCAUCCCAUCCUGUUCGCUCCCUGGGUCUGCGUGGCAGCGGAGAGCUCUUCCAGACCUUUUUGCUAACCGUAGCUGGUCAUGGGAUGAUGGUGAUGAUGGAGAGAAACAUUCUGUUGAGAAUGAAGAAGGUAAGCGCCGCUUCUGGCUUGAUCACUGAUGUGGGAUCCCCCUGGGAGCCGACUCCUAGGGUCUGGCCUAGAGGCCGCACGAAUUCUCCACCUUCUCUCCCUCUGGAAGGUGGGCUGCUCCGUGGGUGCUCUAGUCUGCUAACUCUUCUGGGCCCCAGUUAGCCACUCGUCAUUGGCCAACCUGCCUCCCGGGACUGCUUGGAUUUGGAGCCCCGGAGAAGAUGUUUAAUGCUUGAAGCGUCUCCAUGGCGACCCCGUCCCUGAGACGCAGCUGGGCACAGACAUGUAGAAUCUGCCCUCCAUGGUCGCCUUAUCCUCACAUCAGCCCAACAUCAGCCUCUUUGUGUUCCUGUCCCCCAGUGAGAGGUGUGGGCAUUCCCUCUUGAGUCUGAGGGUGCUAGCAGGGAUCUGAAAUGCCUCGACCGAGUCCAGGACAGAGGCUGGCACUGGCAAGCCGGAGCCCUGCGGCAGAGUUCCCAUAUGGCUGGAAGAUGAGCCUCAGAGAACUGGGAACGGCAUCAGCCAGACAACCCCGUGCCAAGUAGCACAGAUUUAAAGAUUUCUUGAUACUCCUAGACAGCUGAGCAGAGAUUUUUAUCAGCAGCAGCAAAGGCAGCCAGCUCGUUGUCGCCUUGGCAGUGGAAUUAACUGGAACACUGAGUUGACAGGACACCAGUGUGGGGCUAUCUAAGAACCUUCUCUUUGGGGCUCGUGUUGUGUUUUGUGUUGCAUGGUGUAUCUAAGGUCUCUGGGAGUGAGGAAUGUUGCCCUCUACUGGGACUCUAACUUAAUUUUUUCUUCCAGCAGGUUAGCCAAAACCGUUUCUUAUUGAUGGCAGUGUUUCUAAUGUGCUUAGUAGAAACUGAAAUAUUUUUAUUAAUGAUCCUGAACAGUGAGAGUUAUAGAGGGGAUUUCCAGUUCUGAUAUACCCUGGCAUUCUGCCUGCCGGAGGAAUGUGGGGGAGCACAGUGACUUCUCUUCGUUACUGGUAUUGAGACAGUUGAACCAGAAAACGUUCCCCGAACUUACGCUCCAUACCGGGUGUUAAUGAGGGCACCCCGCUCUCUAGAACGCUCUCUAGGUACUUUUGCUGCAAUGCAUGCCCUCCUCGCAGGCAUGCGGAACCGUGAGAACAGCUCGCCCUGCCAGGGCAACGGGGAGCAGGCCGGCAGGGGCAAGAACUUGGGCUCCGCAUGGCCUGGUGAGGAGGAGCCCUGCGGCGACAUGAGCACCCCGUCCUACAAAAAACCCUUGUACGGCAUCUCGCACAAGAUCAUGGAGAAGAAGAACCCUCCCGCUGGCGACUUGCUGGGCACGUACGAGCUCUUUGACAAGGCCAACUCUAGCAACAGCCCCUCGCCCCUGCGGCUCCUGAACGAGCCGCAGAAGCGGGACUGCGCUGGCACCGCGGCGGCCACCACCGAUGGGGACCCCAACAUCUACUUUCUGAUCCAGAAGAUGUUCUAUAUGCUCAACACACUCUCUUCCAACAUGUCCCAGCUGCACAGCAAGGUGGACCUGCUCUCCCUGGAGGUGAGCCGCAUCAAGAAGCAGGUGAGCCCCACUGAGCUGGUGGCCAAGUUCCAGCCGCCCCCCGAGUACCAGCUCACGGCGGCGGAGCUCAAGCAGAUCGUGGACCAGAGCCUGUCGGGCGGCGACCUGGCCUGCCGCCUGCUGGUGCAGCUCUUCCCCGAGCUCUUCAGCGACGUGGACUUCUCCCGCGGCUGCAGCGCCUGUGGCUUUGCGGCCAAGCGCAAGCUGGAGUCGCUGCACCUGCAGCUUAUCCGCGACUAUGUGGAGGUCUACUACCCGUCGGUGAGGGACACGGCCGUGUGGCAGGCCGAGUGUCUGCCCCAGCUGAACGACUUCUUUAGCCGCUUCUGGGCCCAGCGGGAGAUGGAGGACAGCCAGCCCAGCGGCCAGGUGGCCAGCUUCUUCGAGGCGGAACAGGUAGAUGCCAGCCACUUCCUGGACAACAAGGACCAGGAGGAGGCCCUGUCCCUGGACCGGAGCAGCACCAUCGCCUCAGACCACGUGGUGGACACGCAGGACCUCACCGAGUUCCUGGACGAAGCCUCGUCCCCUGGCGAGUUCGCCGUCUUCCUCCUGCACCGGCUCUUCCCGGAGCUCUUCGACCACCGGAAGCUGGGCGAGCAGUACAGCUGCUACGGGGACGGCGGCAAGCAGGAGCUGGACCCGCAGCGGCUGCGGAUCAUCCGCAACUACACGGAGAUCUACUUCCCCGACGUGCAGGAGGAGGAGGCCUGGCUGCAGCAGUGCGCCCAGCGCCUCAACGACGAGCUCGAGGGCCUGGCGCUGGACGGGGGCAGCGAGGGCGAGCCAGCGCGCGACGACUGCUACGACUCCUCCAGCCUGCCCGACGACAUCUCCGUGGUCAAGGUGGAAGACAGCUUUGAGGGCGAGCGGCCCGGCCGGCGGUCCAAGAAGAUCUGGCUGGUGCCCAUCGACUUCGACAAGCUGGAGAUCCCGCAGCCCGACUUCGAGGUGCCGGGCGCCGACUGCCUGCUCAGCAAGGAGCAGCUGCGCAGCAUCUACGAGAGCAGCCUGUCCAUCGGUAACUUUGCCUCGCGCCUGCUGGUGCACCUCUUCCCCGAGCUCUUCACGCACGAGAACCUGCGCAAGCAGUACAACUGCAGCGGCUCCCUGGGCAAGAAGCAGCUGGACCCGUCCCGCAUCAAGCUCAUCCGCCACUACGUGCAGCUGCUCUACCCGCGCGCCAAGAACGACCGCGUCUGGACGCUGGAGUUCGUGGGCAAGCUGGACGAGCGCUGCCGGCGCCGCGACACGGAGCAGCGGCGCUCCUACCAGCAGCAGCGCAAGGUGCACGUGCCGGGCCCCGAGUGCAGGGACCUGACGAGCUACGCCAUCAACCCCGAGCGGUUCCGAGAGGAGUUCGAGGGGCCCCCGCUGCCCCCUGAAAGGAGCAGCAAGGACUUCUGCAAGAUCCCCCUGGACGAGCUGGUGGUCCCCUCGCCCGACUUCCCGGUGCCUCCGCCGUACCUGCUGUCGGACAAGGAGGUACGCGAGAUCGUGCAGCAGAGCCUGUCGGUGGGCAACUUCGCCGCGCGGCUCCUGGUCCGGCUCUUCCCGGAACUCUUCACGGCCGAAAACCUCCGGCUGCAGUACAACCACUCCGGCGCCUGCAACAAGAAGCAGCUGGACCCCACACGGCUGCGGCUCAUCCGCCACUACGUGGAGGCCGUGUACCCGGUGGAGAAGAUGGAGGAGGUGUGGCACUACGAGUGCAUCCCGAGCAUCGACGAGCGGUGCCGCCGCCCCAACAGGAAGAAAUGCGACAUUCUGAAGAAGGCCAAGAAGGUGGAGAAGUGACGGCUGGGCGCCCCCUGGGACUGCACGUGCUCUCCGAGCGCGCCAGGGGUGUCCGCAGACGCGCACCUUACGGUGGCGGGGAGGGGCUCGCUCGGUUUGCACACGUGGACACCGUGCAGCCGCAGGAGGGACAGAAGCUUCGCGUGCGUCUCUCCUCCUCGCGACUUUCAGUCCCGUGUCCCCAGGGUGCGGCUGGAGUCCGGGAGAGCGGAGAGGCCUCGGGAGCCGGCCCUUCUCUUCUUGGCCGUGUCUCUCCAUCCACCGCCCCACCCCCUGCAAUUUCAAAUGCAUAGUCAGCGACUCUCUUGUUCCUCUUCCCACAUUUUACAUCUUCCAUUUUUAUCCAUUUUUUUAAUUAAAGAGAAACCCUUUUUAAGAAAAAAAAUCAUUGGGCUCUUUGGGGGCCAUUUUACUUAAAAAAACUAUCUUUUAAAUAUUUG